CAAUCGUGGUACAAUUGUGUAUACCCUCAUCCCCGUUCGCAGCAACAUGCAGCCCAGAUCAUCGCCGGAUGCACGUGGGACGCCGCGUCCGGAGGAACGACGUCCACUGCUGGGACCCGACGGUGAAGUCGUACACUAUGAACUCGACGACGACAUAAAUGCGCCCCGGCGAGCACCGCCCACAUGGCGGUCCACCUGGGGCAAGACUGUAGCCAUCACGGCGCUCUUCCUGAUUAUGGGCAUUCUCCUCGUCCUGGCCUUUUUCUUCCUAGGCUGGGGCAUCACCGGCCUACCACAUGGCCCGUCCACGCCAUCCCCGCAGGGCCCCAUCAAGAACGUGGUGGUCCUCGUCCAAGAGAACCUCUCCUUCGAUACCUACGCCGGCGGUCUCACCUACCACCCCCACAUCGACGGCCUCGUGAACCGGACCUACUGCAACCCAUCCAACAUCGACGACCCCAACUCCCACACCGUCUGUGCCAAACCCACCGCCCAAAACGUCGCCCCCGACGACCCCGACCACUCCAUCGCCGGCGGCGCCAUGCAAGUCUACAGCACCUACCAUCCCAACCACACCAGCCACCCCACCAUGCAAGGCUUCGUAACCGAGCAAAUCCGCGCCUACGGCAUCGACCGGGACCUCUCCCGCGCCGCCGAAGUCAUCAACUACUACGCCCCCGACCACGUCCCCGUCCUCAACGCCAUGGCGCAAAACUUCGUCCUCUUCGACGCCUGGUUCGCCGCCGUCCCCGGCCCCACGAACCCUAACCGCGCCUACCUCACCUCCGGCACCAGCCACGGCCACGGCAUGAACGACAUCGACUUCCUCACUUCCUCCCUGCCCCAGGUCUCCAUCUUCGAACAGCUCUCCGCCCACAACAUCUCCUGGAUCAAUUACUCCAACACGACGGGCUUCCUCCCAGACGCCCUCUUCUACCGAUGGACGGCCCAGACGGGCAAGGGUGAGACGCACAUCAAACCCAUCGACCGAUUCUACCACGACGCCAAAACCGGCUCCCUUCCCCAAUUCACCUGGAUUAACCCGGAAUGCUGCUCCUACAUGUCCUUCCAUCCGCCAUCCCCGAUUAACAUGGGCGAGGGUUUCAUUAAGAGUAUCUACGAAGCCCUCCGUGCCUCGCCCCAAUGGAACGAAACCCUCUUCAUCCUGACCUUUGACGAACACGGCGGAUUCGCCGACCACGUCGCGCCUCCGGACAACGUGCCCCCCGGCGACGAGCACACCCACCAGGAGUGGGCACUCGACGGCAGUCAAAUUGAGUUCAAAUUCGACCGCUUAGGCAUCCGGGUCCCGACACUGCUGAUGUCGCCCUGGGUCGGCCAGGGCGUGGUGCAGAAUCGACCGACCGAUCAGCCGAAUGAUUUCACUCAUACGUCGAUUCUCAAGUAUGUGGCGGAGUUGUGGGGGUUGCCUGUCUUGACCCCGAGGGUCGCCUGGUCGCCGAGUUUGGGGGGACUGAUAACGGGGGUGUGGCGGGAUACCCCGGAGAAGUUGCCCGAGCCGGCGGAUUUCUGAUGUGAUCGAAUGGUGUUUUUAUGACUGGUCUUACGUUAUAUAGUAUUGGUUAUGGCACAUGGUAUAUGCACUCG